ACUCCUGACAGCACAACCCUUCCAACCCUACCACCUUCAUGUCCUGCCUCCCAUCAUUACUAAGAACCUGUCUCCUGUGAGCGUGCCACGUCUUUACUGAGAUCCCUCAACCCACCCAACUUGCGUUUUCCCAUCCCUCGGAGCUACCAACAGCCUUACCAACCGUAUUGCUUCACUGGUUGGCAGCUUCUCUUGCCCUGCGCCAGGAUGAAUGACGUUCAGGAGGCCACCUCCCCUGCGACCAGCCUCAGCGGUCCAGCUACCUGCGUCUCCAAAGUGGAGCUGCGUGUGUCUUGCAAAGCUCUGCUGGACCGAGACACGCUGAAUAAGUCAGACCCCUGUGUCAUACUCAUGGUACAGACCAACGGACAGUGGACAGAGCUGGACAGGACAGAAGUGAUCAAGAGCAACUUGCACCCGGUCUUUGCCAAGGUCUUCUCAUGGGACUACCACUUUGAGGAGGUUCAGAAGCUUCGCUUUGAAGUCUAUGACAUCCAUGGCACUCACAGCAUUGGGACCCGCGAUGAUGACUUUCUGGGUGGGGUGGAGUGCACUCUCGGCCAGAUUGUGGCCCAAAAGAAGAUGGUGAAGCCUUUAUUGCUGAAGUACGGGAAAUAUGCUGGCAAAUCAACCAUCACGGUGCACGCUGAGGAAAUUUCUGGCAACAACGGAUAUGUGGAACUCUCCUUCUGUGCCAAGAAGCUUGAUGAUAAGGAUCUCUUCAGCAAGUCAGACCCAUUUUUGGAAAUAUACCGAAUCAAUGACGAUGAAACCGAACAACUUGUGCACAGAACUGAGGUGAUUAAAAACAACCUGAAUCCUGUGUGGGAGCCCUUCAAAGUGUCUCUCAUAUCUCUGUGCAGCUGCGAUGAGGAGCGCAAGCUCAAGUGCCUAGUGUGGGAUUAUGACUCCAGGGGGAAGCACGACUUCAUCGGCGAGUUCUACGCCACGUUCAGGGAAAUGCAGAAAAUUUCCAGUGGAAAUAAGGUGACGUGGGAUUGUGUGAAUCCCAAGUAUAAACAGAAGAAGAGAAACUAUAAGAAUUCAGGAGUUGUCAUCCUUAGUGACCUCAAGCUCCACAGAGUGUACUCCUUCUUAGAUUACAUCAUGGGAGGAUGCCAGAUUCACUUUACGGUUGCCAUUGACUUCACAGCCUCCAAUGGAGACCCAAGGAACAGCUGCUCGUUGCACUACAUUAACCCUUACCAGCCCAACGAGUACCUGAAGGCUCUGAUAGCAGUGGGGGAGAUCUGUCAAGACUAUGAUAGUGACAAAAGAUUUUCAGCUUUGGGGUUUGGUGCCAGAAUCCCUCCAAAUUAUGAGGUGUCACAUGACUUUGCCAUUAAUUUCAACCCAGAGGAUGAUGAAUGUGAAGAGAUCCAAGGAGUGGUUGAGGCAUACCAGAACUGCCUUCCUAAGAUCCAAUUGUAUGGCCCAACCAAUGUUUCUCCCAUCAUUAACAGGAUAGCCAAGCUGGCAGCAGGCGACGGCAUCAUUAAAGAUGCUUCUCGAUACCACAUCCUGCUCAUCCUCACGGAUGGAGUAGUGACAGACAUGGCAGACACCCGUGAAGCCAUUGUACGAGCCUCCUACCAGCCUCUCUCCAUAAUCAUUGUUGGUGUGGGCAAUGCAGACUUCACAGACAUGCAGAUUUUGGAUGGAGAUGACGGAGUCCUACGCUCACCGAAGGGCGAGCCGGUCCUCAGGGACAUUGUGCAGUUUGUGCCCUUCAGAGACUUCAAAACGGCUUCACCUGCAGCCCUGGCCAAAUGUGUUCUGGCAGAGGUGCCCAAGCAAGUAGUAGAGUACUACAGCCAUAAGGCCAUCUGCCCUAUGUGUCCUGUGAGGGACUUAUCAACCCCCAUCCUCAGCCCUGUUGCCACAACCCCAACAGAAUAACCAUCCACUCUGAUCCUGGGACCAAGCUUUGUCCGCAGCUCCAGUCCGGCAAACUGAGAGGGAGAAAGGACGCAUGCCUAGCAAUUUUGGACAAGGACUGAAGAGAAAGUCUUUAUAAAUGUGUUGUUACUCAUUUAUUUAAUUUUCCACUGCUAUCAAAGUGUUUACACGACAGUAUGACAAAGACUGUGGGUUUUUUAUUUCUCUGCUCAGUGUGGAUCCAGCACUUUUCCCUGGCUGUGCAAAUUGACCAUCCAGCUGUUUAAGCAUCAGGAGUCCUGGAAGAUUGUUUUUUCCCCUAUUUUUUAUGCAUGCAGGCCAAUCCCUCAGUGCUGAUCCAUCGAUUGGAUGCAGGCUUAUUAUUCCUCACGGCCCAUGAAAUUCAGCACCUACUACAUUACAGUUUUCCUAUAUUUUAUCUUCAGAUAAUUUUGAAGAUGAACUGUACAGUACUAUGUUGCAAUCAAAAUUAGAUUGCUCAACUUGAACAACUGAUAAUAUUUAAUCCAGAUGUUACAUAUAAAUCACACACAUAAAGAAGAGAUGCUACAUUCAGAGCUGUUAUUACAUUUACCUUCCCACAUAGUCAUAUAUGUACUUACGCUUGUCUGGCUGCAGGCUGUUGCCGUUAUUUUGAAUUAUUAUUAUUACAAUAUUCCCAGACACACGCAAAAUAGAAAUCAACUAUUAUAAUCUGUUGCUAAGAUUAAAAGAUAUUUUCCAAAGUGCACCAGCAUUAACAACGAAGGUCACCAACCCCACCAGCAAAUACAAAAGCAAACAAUGCUGGGUAUGUUUGGCAGUGAAAGGGUACAGGUUGACAAGUUAGUGUAGUCUGUGUAAAAUAAUUAGCUAAAUAACAAUAAUUAUCUAACAAUUAAUUAGCAGUGAUUAUGCCUUUUUUUUAAACCAGGUGAGGAAUGCAAUGGAAAAUGCUUGUUUAGUUAUGACAUGUCACCACUUCAGACCUAUUCACCUUGUGCAUCUGUGAAACUGCAAGUGACCUAACAAUGUGUAAUAUUUGCUAUAGCUGCAGCUCUAUGUAUGCCUUUUCAGCUACAACAGGGAGUUAACAAGUCACACCAAGACAGAAAAUACAGUCGGCUGGCACGUUGAAGUAGGAGAUAUGUUUGGGUUGCUGUGGCUGUGCAGUUAGCUUUUAACAAAGCCUAAAUAACAUUUUUCUCCAAACCAAGAUGAAUGAUUGCACCCUAUUUUUGGUCUUUUGUAAGGUUGCUAUGGUUUAAGCUGGGAAAAUCUUGCUUCAUGUCAGGUGAAUCCUUUCCCUUUGAAUUGUUUGUUAUUGCUGUCAUUCCUGAGCCAGCCGUCACACAGGUAGCAUUCUUCCAGUUUUCUGCCGUAUAGUUCAUUAUUUUUGUAUUUCUGACGCUUUUUAUAUGCAAUAUAAUUCUACUCGAUGUUUCAUAAGGAAUUAAACUGCUGAGCACACAGUUUAGAUCAAAUAAAAGCACAAAGCUGAUCACUAUGAGUAUGUCCAUUAAAGCAUCAAUGGAAUUAGUUGUAUCUGUUGAAUUUACAUCUGAAUAUUAUAUAUAUUCAGAAAAUCAACAAAAAAAAAAAAUCACUAAUACCAAAUUAAUAAACUUAGUAAGAAAGUUUCUUACCAUAAAAUUAGUAUUAAUGGUUUUCUCAUUAUUGCAAAUGUGCAACUCCAGAACAAACAGUUUCUUUUAAGGCUGUGCCAGAUUGUCGCCAUAGUAUAGAGCAUAGCCUGUAAGUGUCAUGUUAUCGCCUCUUUAUUUUCAAAAGGAACAUGUUAUUGCUACAGACAUGACAUGCAGGCUGCCACUGAAAUGGACUCUUGAAAGCAAAAAAACAAGUUGCCUGUUUGAGAUGCUGUUUUUUUUAUUAUAAAUACCUGUGUGAAUAGUGACGUCUUACCAAACAAAAAAGGAAACAUAAUGUGUCCAACUCACAUGUAAUUACAUUUUCUAGGAGUGUGGAAAAAGUCAACUGAAAGUAACAGAGUUGAAUUGACUGAUUGUUUUCAUAGUUUUCAAAAGGCAUCCUCUUGGAAUUUCAACAUUUUUAUCACUUGUGCAAGGAACCUUGAACCCCCCACUCCAUCUUUAUCAAGAAAAUAUUUCCAAAAUAUACGUUUCACCUCAAAAGUAGGUGACUGAACAUUAAUUUGUCAAGCAUCCUUAAGCGCUUGAAUUUAAAAACAUUUAUAAGGUUGGAAUUAAAUAUAAAUCACAUAAAGUCAAAUAAACAAAUUCUUCACUGUAAUGCCCUUGGUUUUUGACUGCAUAUGCAAACUAAUCUGUUGUGUUAAAGUACAAAAGGAACUUUCCCGAUACAACACAAGCUUAACAUCCCCUGAAAGUAUAACAUUUGAUCAAUAAAGCUCAAACAUAGUUGCCCAGCAGUCUGACUUAAAAGCAUAAGAAACAUAAAUCCUCCACUGUUAAUGUUCACAAUGCAGUAUAAACCCUAAUAUUGUUUUGUUUGGCCUGAAUGUACAUUAUCUGUGGCUUGUUCUAGUAACAACUCUAUACUUUGUAUAUUCGCUUAGUGUUUUUGCAUUUAUCUUAUAUGGUGUAUUUAUGCUCUGAACAAUUCUGAAUGGUGACUAAUUUACUUGGCUGAAAACCAAGCUGUUCCUGCCAUUAAAUGCAUUGGAAGGAUAUCUAGUCUUUGCAGCUAUUCUAACAUACACAUAUCCGCCCCCAAGCUACAAAUAUUAAUCUGACUUUGAUUUGUCCUCUAGAGCUUCACCAGCUCUCCCAAGAUAUAGACUAUUAACUUCUCAUGAAUGCACCUAAACACAGUUUGCUCUGUUUUCGGCUGCUCUCUGAACUCCUUUGAAGACCACAACUAUUGAGGAUUCUUCUGCCACUAUGGGUCACAGGAGGAGGCCUAUUGAUUCAGCAGACCUAGAUCUGGAGCCACACUCAGAUUCUUGGAUCUAAAUGAUCCUGGAGGGACUUUGGUCUCACGACUCAAGCACAGUUCCAUGUGACUGGUUCACAACAGGGAGGAAAUUGAUUAAAUAAUUAGGAAACAUUCUUGUGAAAUAAACAGUAUUUGACAUUAUAGGUUAUUUAUUUGGAAACCUUGUGCAUGAUAAAUCAUUUCUUUUUGUAUUUACACAUCUUAAUACAGUCUUGCAUACCAGCUUUUUCACUUGUAAAAAAUGCAGUAUGUCAAUGUAAGGAUUCCUGAUUCUCAAAAGAUUUACAGCGCCACACAAUCGCCAUUCUCACGUGAUAAUUACUAUCACAAAAAAGUGAAGCAUUUUUGAAAGCCUUUAUCUGUUAAACCAAUUUUGUGCUUUCCCAUAAAUCUUGACUACUUAUUCUGACUAAAUAUGAAUAAGUGCAGAUAUCAACCAAUAUUUCUGCUCCUUGAGGGCAAACCAGCUGAGAUAUUAAUAUCUAAAAGGCAUCGGCACUUCUUCUUUGAUUCGUGCCUUACAUGACAAUUCACUCUUUCACCCCUAUUACCUGUAUCCCCGUAUUGCUACUUUUCCUCAGGUUAUGAGCUGCACCAGCUCAAAUGGUUCCCUGUUCUCUUAACAUUUUUAUGAGAUACAAUUGAUAGAUGACUGAUCUCAGAACAAACAAAAUGUUAUUUCUUUAUGUAAUAAGUAAUUUUUAAAUAUGUUGAAUUGUUUUUAUUAUCAAUUAAGUAAUGCAACAAUGCCAAAAUAAGUGUUUUCUCAGUUCAGAUAUCAAUACAAUGAGCCAUGCAAAUGUUUUGUGCUCUUCGGGGGUUACCUGAAUUACAAAAUGUAUUAGAUGUCAUAUAGUAAUACAUGUUAAACAGUGAUGCAUGGGUCUUUAUGCCUCACCAGAUUUGCCAAAACAAAUAACUCUUCAGACAUUUUUCAAAAGUUAUUUCAAUUCUUUAUCUUUUUCAUUAAGUGGCACGUUUCAUUGCAAUCAAUUAUAUUCAAAGAAUAUAAUUGUGUGCUUGUAUGUAAGAGCUAGCUAAACCCAAGUGCACAGCCGUUUGGUCUCAUCACUUUAAACAUCUUCAUGGAGAGAAAAAAAAAACUCUAUUCAUGUCUUAAUUGGAAACCAUCAUUUGUGCCACAGUGGUGCAAACAACAGUGAGCUGAAACACUGGAGACAAUAAGACCACAGUUCAUGUGGCCAUCUUGCACUGCGGAUUAAAAAAAAGCUGAGAAGAAUUCACUGAGCUGCUUAUUUCCCCUUAUCUACUUGCACCAUUGUCAGACAAAAUUAACAACGUUUUACACCACACUGAUGUAUUUUAAAUUUCCCAUACACACACUUUAACCCGUCCACUGUUAAUCAGAACAAGGUUUACAGCCCAUAACCUUAAUAUGCAACUGGUGUAGCUGCAGGCCGUGUGGGUGAGAAGCAACCCAUGCAUCAUUAGUAAAUAUUUGAUUUCUUGAAAAGGAAGAAAGGGAUUUAUUGCAUGCUUACUUUUAUUGUUAAGCUGUGCUGUACAGUCAUUCCUUUGGGUUUUAUGAUAUGCUAAUAUGCAAGCCUGCAUUUGCACAAACCUCUGUUCUUGUAGU